UUUGGACAUAACAGAGGCAGUUGCAAACCAGUGGCCCAAGCAGUGAACCUCACUUCAAAAAGAGGUUCACAUUGGAGACUGGCAGAAGGCCAGAAGAAGUGCUUGCUGCCCUAUUCUGCCUGCUCUUGUGAAGGUUCCAGGUGUUACUUUUUGCUGCUGCAAUGGUGCCUCUUCCUUGCUGCCACAUUGGACCCUUUAUGAUGAUAACGCUGCUGCUGCUCUUCUUAUCCAAAGCUGAAGGUGAUUGUAACCGCCCAGAACUGAUACCACAUGCUGAACUAAGGAGUGGGGAACUAAAAGACAGCUAUCCUAUUGGGACUACUUUGACAUACCGUUGCAUCCCGGGUUAUGAACUUAUCCGUGGCAUAAUACCUCGGAUUACCUGUACUGGAACUUCCACGUGGUCACCAGAAGCUCCUCAAUUUUGUCAAGGAAAGCGGUGUCCUCCUCCAGAUUUAGAAAAUGGCAGAGUAACAACUUCGACUGACUACCGACUUGGUGCUGAAAUAACCUUUACCUGUGAUUUUGGAUUCCGAUUAAUAGGGAGAAACUCUGCCCGUUGUACUUUGGCAGACGGCGUAGUUGCUUGGGAUUAUCAAGGACCACUUUGCCAACGUAUUCCUUGUUUCCCUCCUCCAGAGAUUGACAAUGGUAGCAGUGAUUAUGAUGGUAGUCGAGACUAUGACUAUGGCCAGGUGGCCACGUACACAUGUCAACCCAGUUUCACUCUUAUUGGAAGCAAGAAUCUUGUGUGUACUACAAAAGAUGGUAAAAAUGGGGAGUGGGAUAAACCUGCACCGGAAUGCAAAGCUCUUCUCACUACUGUGUCUCCAACUGGGGGUGAGAAUAAUGGGACUCCAGGAGUGAACUCACUGAAAGAGCGCCUGGACAGCAUUGAUAGAAAACUGGACAUACUUUUACAAACGAUCGCCAAAUCCUGCCACCUACAGGCCCAAGAAGAAGAGUCCCAGCAGUGAUGCCCAACUAUAAAUUCACUAUUUCUCUCUCUCUUUGCAAGCAAUAAUUCUUUUCUCAAAAUACAAGCUUACAGAAACACACAUUACAUUAUAUUAAUAUAGACAAAGAAAAGGAGUAGCAAAACCAUAGUAUAUAAUUUGAAUCUCACCAGCUAACAUUUAUUGAUUCACAUAUCUAUCAUCUGUAUGAGAAACCAUGCUCAGAAGGGCUCCUAAUACAUGAUAGACUUCUGGACUCCACAUUUCAGAAAUUACUUCAUAGUUAUUGAAGGUUCUUUGAGAAGCUGCCAGCUUGACCAGUUUAAAUACUCCAAAUUUUGUGGAGCCAUAUUACUUGUUUAGGCUUCCUUGUAACUUUGUAUCUGCAUAAGCACAUAUAAUAUAUAUAAUGCAUGUAUAAGAGUAGGAUACGUAUGCAAUCUUAAGGCAACAUUAAGUUGAUUUUGCUAGCUCACUAUUCUUCACUGCACAGCCCCAUGGGCCAUUCAUUGGCAGCCUGCACACACCCCAGUGGUGCCCCCUGGCUAGCCACCAUGUAUUCUCUCUCUCUCUCUCUCUCUCUCUCUCUCUCUCUCUCUCUCUCUCUCUCUCUCUCUCUCUCGCUCUCUCCUUUCCCCUCCUACCCCACACGCUUUCUCUCUCUGCCACGGCCAAUCAACUGGCCCAUGCUGUUUCCUUCUUGCUCCACUCCUCCUCCUCCUCAUGUUUUCCCCCUCUCUGCCAGAGCUGCUGCAGCCACCACCGCAUGCAUAUGCGCUCUCUCUCUUGCUCCCCUCCUCUUCCUCCUGCCCACCACAUGUUGCAGCCAGGGCCACUGCUUCCUAUCCUUUCCAGGUGUCAGCAUGACCUGUAACAGCAAGAUGCUUUUUGGUCAGGGAUGUCUGAAUGCUCCCUCUCUAAAUCUAGUAUCAUGAGUGGUGUGUUUUUACCUUAAAUUCAGAAUGCAAAGUAUAUGUUUUUGUAAGCACGGGCAUUUAGUUGUUAAUUGUUUACACGCAAUACUAUGCUGAUCUUGGUUCUUUCCAAUAGUUACUCCUGCUCAAUCCCUGAACAAUAAAAUAAAUUAUGGAAUGUG